AUGUCAAAGGUCGCGGAGAAGAAAAUCAUCAACGAAAAGAUCGCAAAAGUUCGCGAAGUGGUUCAUGGUGUUAGUACAAAUGAUAUUAUAUUGGCUUUGUAUUCACUAGAUAUGAAUGUCGAACGAACCAUUCAAGCAUUUUGCGAAGACGGAGCGUCGGAAGUGCUCGACGACUGGGUAAGACCGGUUGGCAGUUCUUCUAAGAACAAGAACAAGAAAAAGAAGAAUAAGCAGCAAGUGGAGCCUCAGCCAGCCACGGCACCAGCCACGACCGCCACCGUUGCUCCUUCUACGGCCUCCGCGUCCAAAUUAGCCAAGGCAGCUCCACCAGCGAAAGUACCGAUUCCAGCGGCGGAAAUGUCCACACCACAACUGCCUGCUAAGACUGCACCUCAGACAAAUGGGUUUGUAAUUCAAGCCAAACCGCAAGAAGCGAAACCUCAAACUGACAAAAACAUUCCUGUAACCGAACAAAUCCAGCAGACAUUCAAGGCUCUUCGUGCGGCUGUAACGGAUCGUGAGAAAGAACUCUUGUCUGGUUGUGGAGUAAAUUCUAAAUUCGUAGAUGCAAAUUUUGAUCACUUGAUUUCGCUGAUUCAGAAGUUUGGCUCA